AUGGCGCUGGAAGGAUGCGUAGGCUCGCUGCGCAGUAGUAUGCAAUUACUCGAUUCGUCUAUCAACAUACUGGACCAAGGCCAUUUCGAGCUCAUCUCCGAGUCUGAUCUCCAAACCGCGCAAUCAGCACUCCUCUCAGAAAUCCGCCCUGAAGUCGAUAACCUUCUUAAGCGCGUAGAAAACUACCUCGACAAGCUGGAGCGUCGCGAGCAAUCCUUGAUAGCGAAAUGCGAUUUGAACGACGGCAGACUCGGACGCGACAACAAUGGCAGCUCAGGCUCCAGACCAGCCAGCAGGACCGUACAGCGAAGCGGAGGCAAGACCAUCAGCGCGCAACAAGAGAUGAGGAUGAAGACCUUGAAAGCGAAGAAGGAUAGGCUUAGCUAUGCCGUAGAGACGCUAGAGUUGCAGGCGAAGCAGAGAGAGCGGCAGUUGCGGAUGAGCAUGGCCGCACCGCAGCAGUUAUAUGAUGAUUGA